AUGGCUGACGACGAUUUUAACGAAGACGAUACUUUAUCCUAUGAUGAAAGCUACGAUUUCGAGACUGACCGGGAAAAAUUGGAACGAUUGAAGAGCAUGCGACAGAACGUCAACUGGGAGAUCGAAGACGAGCGACGAACCUUUUUCCAUGAUCUCAAAGAUUUACUCGAAGACUGGUAUGAGGAACUUCCAAAUCUCCGAGAAAUUUUUCGACGGGAAGAAAUGGACUGGCUUCUCACGGAGUUCGUUAAAACCCAUGACGGCAAGUCACAGACGCAUCCACUCCUUCAGUUUGUGGUUAGUAGUGGCUACAGAGACGAACCCCAAUUGGGCACAGACGGCAAGCCGUCCGCACGUCGCACAACACCACUGCAUCAUUUGUUCAAAUUCUGCACAUGUCCCUUCUCGAACGGUGUGGCCCAAGAUCUGUUUCGAAUUUACAACAGAUUCGACGUGAACUACACCGACGAGCGAGGCCGUACUCAUUUUCACGCGGCCUGUAUGUAUGGCUGUGACUAUGCGGUAGAGACGUUUCUCGAUCUCGGGCUUGAUCUUAAUCGGCUCGAACAAGAUACGGACUUGACUUUAAUCGAUCCGCCGCUGCACUUGGCUCUGGGUAACCAAAACAAGGCAGUGUUCAAAUUGCUGUUGAAGCAUGACGCCGACCCAAAUUCGGCCAAUCAAUAUGGAGAUACUCCUCUGCAUUUGAUUUCCAGAUCUGUGGCCCAUUUUCGACCAACAACAGUCGAACUACUCUUGAAUCGGGGCGCCGAUAUGUCAAAUUUCGCUUUUCCCGAAGGAUGCUUUGAAGACGAUGAACCGUUUGAUUACGAAGAAUACGAUUCUAAUUUAGUAAUGGCAUAUCGUGUGCUGGAGGUCAUCGAAAUCAUCGAAAAAAGAGGAUAUGAACUAAAUAGAAAAGAUGGUAUCAGGUUCACAUUUUUAAUAUAUCAUUACUUAUUAAACGAUGUGAAAGAAGAUCGUGAAUUUUGGCGUAGACAUGAGAAGCUCGUGGACGAAGCAAAAAAAUUGAUGGUAAUCCCGAGCUUGUCGCUUUACGAUUUAAUCGAGAUGCGACCCGACGAGGCCAAGCGACUGCUCACGCAUAAGGACUACUACGAGUUCAAACUUUUUCUGGCGAUGGGCAUUGGAGAAUUUCUCGGAGUUUACGCAUCAACGGCUACCGAUUCUUUGCUGUGA